GUGUUGCGUCAUGUUCUCCUGCCCCCUCCGUUAUUCCUUACAAAGGGAAAACAUCUCGCGAGCAGGGUUUUGUUUUGAAAGCUUCGCGGACGCUGUUUCACGGUAUAUUAGUUUAAACCGAAACGCGGUAGAAUAUAAGACAAGAAGGACAAUUGCAGUUAUCGGUAAAGCACGACAUAUUUGAUAGUGACGCGUGAACAGACUCGUGCGCUGUGGAAUCUUUUCCAAUGAUAUCCAUAAAUCAAGAGGGAAGAUCCAGCACGGACGUAACAUCGGAAUACUUCUGAUUUUCCUCACAGCGAUGCUCAAGUAUUAGAUGUUGUUAAUGGUCCGCUCUGGAGUAACGUUACGUGAGGAGUAAUACUUCAUAAUGGGAUGAUGUGCUGUGUGUUGAAUGUCAUACUGCUGUUUGCAUCAUAAUCCCUCAACUGACAAUCAGAUGCUAUCUUACUGUGAUGAACUGAGAUCAUCUCCAUGAGGUUCCCACUGGAAAGAGGGAGUGAAAGUUGUCUCAUACAAUCCCAAACAUUUAACAGACCUCAACUCAUGAAGUUCACAAUCUGAAGUAUGAAAAUGGAUAAACUCACCAUUAUUUCAGGAUGUCUCUUUCUCGCAGCAGAUAUCUUUGCUAUUGCAAGUAUUGCAAAUCCAGAUUGGAUCAAUACAGGCAGCCAAGAGGGAGCUCUUACUGUGGGUCUAGUCAAGCAAUGCCAGACCAUCCAUGGUCGAAACAGGAUAUGUAUCUCCCCAAGCCUUCCUCCAGAAUGGGUCAUUACCCUGUUCUUCAUUAUCUUGGGCAUCGUCUCGCUCUCUAUCACAUGUGGCCUGCUUGUGAUCUCACACUGGCGGCGAGAGGCAACAAAGUAUGCCCGCUGGAUUGCUUUCAUGGCAAUGAUCCUCUUCUGCAUGGCUGCCCUCAUAUUUCCAGUUGGAUUUUACAUCAAUCAAGUCGGAGGACAACCUUACAAAUUACCCAAUAAUACUGUUGUUGGGUCCUCAUAUGUACUUUUUGUUUUAUCAAUAUUUUUCACAAUAGUUGGACUUCUUUUUGCUGGUAAAGUCUGUCUGCCUGGCUGACAAUCCCUCUGGUUUUAAGAUUUUUUUUUUUAAUGCUAAAUAUUUGAACUACUUGACUUUUUCAAUGCCGGUGUGGUUCAACUUAUGACAUAC